AUGAAGGGGUGGGCACAGAACCAGAAAAGGCAAAACAGUGACUGGUCACGGGCGCAAGUAGGAAAAAUAAAUAAGUGUGAAACCCUUGGCCCAAGCUGCAGCAGUAGUGAUGAUGAAUUGGCUGAUGGAAAUCUCACCUGCUUAAGCCACGAGGAGAGGGCGCCUAAUUGUGAGGGAUCAACAUGGGAGAAGGAAGUAGCAGUGGUGGUAGCUCCACGAUACGAAGAACAACCAGAUAGACAAACAGCCGAUUCAACGCCAGUGUUGCAACGCACAAAACCCAAUAGCAAAUGGGAAACUCAAUGGGAUGACAAGAAAAAGCCGUCGUACCUUAUCUCUGGGUCCCUCGAGCGGGUGGGCAAAGAAGACGCACUAGAAGGACUAGCUUACUCGUUUAGUGAGAGCCGGCGUGUAAAGAACAAUCGACACGAUCCACUCGACCCCAAGCGACCCAAAGGUCAAAACGAGAUAGAAAGUAGGGGGGAAAAGAUGAGUAAGAGAAAUGAAAAUGCGGAGAUGCAACUCAAAAUAAGGGCGGAGGAAGUUAAUCAGACUAGCAAUGCACCUCUGAUGCAAGUCUGCCAAAUGACAACCACGAGGGCAAUGGUCGAGACCCCAAGACCAGUCGCGUGUUAUCACGGGAGGGGAGGCUUAUCUCCAGGGGUUGGAGAUAUAGGAGGAAGAUGUGAAUGGAGCAAAAGCACAAAUCACAGUGAUAGCAGAACAGCCAGGGAGAAGUUGGACAGGAUCGAUAAUCCGGCUGAACUCAUCCGUCAUCGGAUCCAUAGCAACGGUGACAUCGCUCGUUCGAAGCUUAGCCGAAUGCGGGGAGACGAUUCGGCUCAAUUGCUGGUUCUUCUUGGGUCUUCCCCGCCCAGUGGAGUCGGACCGGACCCAGUAACCGAACCCAAUGACCCAUUGGAUAAAGAAGCACAGCAGAAAGAAGGAAAGAGGAAAGCGGGAAUGGGAAAGGAAGGAAGGAAUGAAUGCAUGCAGACAAACAACAGCACACUGUUCCUUCCCGUUUGGGGUCUGCAAUUCAGAGUGUCUGAAAAAGGCAAGUACUUUGAGUCACGUGGACAUGUAUCACGCCAGACGGUGUUUGGUAUCCCAGCGACGAGAUUAGGAGCUCAAUAUGCAACAUGA